AUGAUCAUUGAAGAGAGAGAAGAAUUCAUGCUUUCCAUAAAUAGUAAUCAAACACCAUCUUCAAGAAUUGGCCAUUUCCUUAAACCAACCUUUAAACCCAAAAAUGAAACACUUCCAAAACCCCCUUCUUUGCCUUCUUUUUCCUUAAAAUCCAACAUCAAACAACUCCUCAAAAGGAAGGUUUCUUUCAAAGGAAGGCCAAAACCCCAGAAAAAUUGGGACACUUGGGUUCAAAAUUUGCAGAAAACCCACCAAAAUACCUGGAAAAAAGUGGGAAUAUUUGAUGCAAUUAAAGCUUCUACUUAUGUUAUAAAAUGGGAUAAAAAUUUAAUCUUUGGGUUAGCUGGAAAUUGGUGUUCUGAGACUAACACUUUUGUGUUUUCAUGUGGUGAAUGUAGUAUCACUUUGGAAGAUGUGAUGAUUUUAGGUGGGUUUUCUGUUUUAGGGGAAGGUGUUAAAACCCCAUUUGAAAAUAUCAAAAUUGUUGAAUUUGGGGAAGAAAUGCUGCAGAAUUUCAUGAAAAACAGGAGGAUUUUGGGUCCAGUGGGUCACACUGAAUGGAUGAGCUAUUUCAUGGGAAUUGGGGGUGAAUUAGAGCAUGUGGCUUUUCUUAGUCUUUGGUUGUCAAGGUAUGUUUUUUCAACUAAUCAUUAUUGUAAAAUUUCUCAAGAUGUUUUCCCUAUUGCAAUUUAUCUUGCUAGAGUUAGUUCAGCUUUGGGUUGGGAGAGGUUUCCUACAUUAGGUCCCUCACCCAUCAACAUCCUUGAUGGUGAGCCGAGAUUGAGUCGUUGGCGAAAAUUAGAGAGGCCGAAUCUUGUAUGUGUCAUGUUGGAUUUUGAGUCUCUUGGAAAGAGUUUUGUGUGGAGGCCUUAUGGAAUUUGUGUGGAAAACUGGCAGUUUCCGAAAUUUUAUGGUGAUGAAGAAAGGUUGGUGUUGGUAGAUUUUGGGGUUGGGGAGGAAUUACUGUCAUUUGCAAGAUGCUUGAGGACAUGUGAGCUGUUAGGGUUAGACAGUAUUGAGCAAUACCUUCCACAUAGAACAGGGAUGCAGUUUGGAUUGGAUCAAGAUGUUCCAAGGUCCGUGCCUAGAUCGAAUGAGGGUCAUUUAGCUGCUUGGAAUAGCUAUGACAUAUCUCUUAACGGAUUGAAGUUGUAUUUAUCUCCUCGUUUGCUCAAGGGAGAUGUCACUGCUCGGUAUUCUGACUGGUUCAGGACAGCAUUGUGUGUCAGCAGCAAUAGUGUUUCGGUCUUAAAAAAACAGAGAAGUCACAGCAGUCGUCCAAGAGUGACCUUCAAACUGUCCAAGGCUUCAGAUGGAAGUACGGAGGGGAAUGGCAAGCGUGCUCCUAUUUGUCCAACUUCUCCGUUUGAUGUUCCUUUAGCAUCCUGUUCCACUCAUAGCGUUGGGGUUGGGGAGAUGCGCAUUAAAGAUGACUCCUCUUAUGAAAAAAUCAACAUUAAAUGCUUAGAGGGCAUGACAUCUCAAAGUACAAGCAAAGUGGCUGUUGUUGAAUCCCAGGAUUUUGCUGCGAGUACAGAGGAUUAUAGCAAGCAGACUCCUGUUUGUUUACCUUCCUUGUCUAAUGUUUUUGAUACUCCUGGUUUUGUAUCUAACAUUGAGGUAGUGCAAAAUAAAACUACCGCAUGUUGCAGCAAUAUAAGCUUCCCUAACAGAAGUUAUGUUGAGAAUUCGAGGUACAUUCCAUCCGAAUGUCCAAAAAAACUAAAGAAUAAAAACUCUCCAAGAAUUUAG